UAUUUAGAAGUAGUCCAUUUAUCUUUCUCCAUGACUCGAGGAGGGCCACACAGCUCACACACUAAUUCCUUCACUAGCUCAAGCCGCCUCCUCCACAAAUUCACCGGUAUCAAUCCGCCCUGUUCACCAGUCACCACCAUCGGCUAUGUCUACGACGCCAUUUCACUCAACACUACUUCCGGGUAGACUGACCCCGAGUUCACUCAGAUCAACUCGUCGCAUAAUAAAAAAUACUUCAGCCUUUUUUUUUUUUAAAAAAAAAAAGAGGAGAAAACGCAUCAUAUCUCUUUCUUCUCCCCAUCCCGAUUUUUUCUCCUUCAAAUCUCUUGCAAAUUUCCCAUGUCAGAUGAAAAUAUUGUUGUUUCUCAAUUAUAAUCUUCAAAAGAAAAUUGGGUUGUAGCUCAAAAUCAUAGUCUGAUCCGAUUCAAGACCAAUUCUGCAUUACUCAGAUAUGGACUAAGAUGGGAGACCAAGACGAGAGAUUGGAAAAUGACUAUGGGGAUGAACUAUCCUCACUCAAUUUUAGCCAGGAAGAGGGUGAACUGCUAUUCCCAAAGACGAGGAGCAGAAGGCAAUACAAUAAUGGUACGGCACCAUUCCUCAAGGUGGAAGGAGGAGAAGGGAUAUGGUGGGGAAUGAUGAUAGAACCCAGAGAAGCUAAGGAGCAAAUACUUUAUGCCUUGCCUAUGGUGAUAACUAACGUGUGCUACUAUCUUAUUCCGCUGGUUUCUGUUAUGUUUGCGGGUCAUCUUGGUCAGCUUCAGCUUGCUGGUUCUACUUUUGCUAAUUCUUGGGCUUAUGUUACCGGUUUCGCCUUCAUGCUUGGACUAAGUGGUGCACUUGAAACACUAUGUGGGCAAGGGUAUGGUGCAAAACUAUACAACAUGCUGGGAAUAUAUCUUCAAGCAUCAUGUAUAAUUUCAUUCUUUUUCGCCAUAUUAAUAUCAGUGAUCUGGUGGUUUACCGAACCCAUUCUAAUUUUUCUACAUCAAAACCCUGAAACCUCUAAAGAAGCAGCUACCUUCCUCAGAUGUCUAAUACCAGCUAUUUUUGCCUUUGGGACCAUCCAAAACAUCUUGCGUUACCUCCAAACACAAUAUGUAGUUUGGCCUACUGUUGUGUGUUCUGUUGUGCCUUUGCUCUUCCAUUUUGGCAUCAACUAUGUGUUGGUUUACUGCACCCCCCUCGGUUUUAGUGGCACCGCAUUGGCUACUUCCAUCACAUUUUGGAUUUCAGCCAUAAUGCUGGUUCUUUAUGUGAACUAUGGUAGGGAUUGCAAGCAUACUUGGACCGGGGUUUCCAAGGAAUCAUUUCAUCAUGUCUUUGGCAACUUGAAAUUGGCUUUACCUUCUGCUGCAAUGGUCUGUUUGGAGUAUUGGGCUUUUGAGAUCUUGGUGCCGUUGGCUGGACUGUUUCCGAACUCUGAAAUGACCACUUCUCUUAUUGCAAUGUGCGUCAAUACAGAAGCAGCUGCUUUCAACUUUACAUAUGGCUUGAGUGCUGCAGCAAGCACGAGGGUUUCAAAUGAGCUUGGAGCAGGGAGGCCGAAUCAAGCAAAGCACGCAAUGGGUGUGACAUUGAAGCUCUCAAUCCUGUUAACUGCUAUAAUUCUUCUUGCUCUAGGUUUUGGACAUGAUGGUUGGGCAGGUUUCUUCAGCGACAACACUGAUAUGAUGCGUGCAUUUGCUUCCAUGACACCUUUUGUUUGCAUUUCAAUCUUUCUCGACUCGGUUCAAGGCAUAUUAUCAGCGGUGUGCAGGGGAUGUGGCUGGCAGCAUUUAGCUGUGUACAUAAAUUUGGGAACUUUCUACCUCAUUGGCAUGCCAAUUGCAUGCUUACUGGCCUUCACGUUCAAUUUGGGUGUCAAGGGUCUGUGGAUUGGCCUGAUAUGUGGCCUCAUGGCUCAAAAUGUUUCUCUUUUUCUUGUUACUCGAUCCCAGGAUUGGACUACAGUUGGGCUUUCUCCCGAUGGUAAUGAAAUUGGCCUUAGUAUGAUUAGACAGGCUAAUAAAUUCUAGGGAUUAACUAUGAGUUCUUCCAAUCAAAUGUACAUAGUUGUCUAGAACUCUAGAUUUUGGGUGAGAAACAAGCUCAAGUUCCUUGGUUGGCUUUUUAAGGAUGGACAAGUUGCUAUUUGGUUAGUGGUUGUAAGUGAGUUUAAGCAAGUCAGGGAAGAUAGUAUGACAGUAUGAUUUGCUUUUCCCUUUUGCUUAGAAAAUGUUUUGUAAUGUGUUUCAUUCGAAAUAUGAAAGUAGAAGAUAAGGGAUCAUGCCUAAUGUUUAUUCCAAUGUGCAUCAAGUCCAUGCACUAUGUAAUCAUGCAAGCAUUUUGACUCUUUCCGACCUUAUUUAGUUAGAUGUUCAUUCUGAACUUGUAUCAAGGCAUGUAAAAUAGAGAACAUGUAUUGUUUUUCAUAGUUGUGUAUAUUAUUUUCUUAAAGUAA